AUGAAUGUUUCGCAGCCACCUCCGCUACAAACACUGGUAACCACUGGCCAUGGAAGCGUCGAGGCGAAAUGUGAGUUGAACAUCGACAACCUGAGCAAACCAGAGCUCCUGACCCUUUUGAGUAUCAUGGAGGGAGAACUUGAGGCCAGAGACCUGGUCAUUGAAGCUCUUAGGGCACGAAGGAAAGAAGUGUUCCUGCAGGAGAGAUAUGGACAGUUCAGUCUGACGGACCCAUUCCUUGCCCUGCAGAGGGACUUUGAGUCUGGGACGGGGUCAAAGGACUGCAGGCCUGUUAGUGCGAGUCCCAUUACUGUGCUGGAAGCUGUUAUGGCCCAUUGCCGUAAGAUGCAGGAGAGGAUGUCUGCCCAACUCUCGGCCGCUGAGAGCAGACAGAAAAGGCUUGAAAUGGAGAAACUGCAGCUGCAGAGCCUGGAGCAGGAACACAGGAAGCUGUCGGCUCAGCUGAAGGAUGAGCGAGAGAAAAACAAACACGUGGUGAUGUCACUGGUGCAUGAAUGCAAGCAGCUAGCUGCUCGUGUGGUCGAAGAGAAUCAGCGCUUUGAGGAGCUCUCAUCCCGCACUGAGCAGGACGGCCGUUCCGUGGGACGACUGGAGGAAGAACUGGCAUCCGAGCGACGUCGCAGCCAACAGAUGGAAGCGGAGAUGGAGAAACAGCUGGCCGAGUUUGACACAGAAAGAGAGCAGUUACGGUCCAGGCUUAGCCGCGAGGAGAUGCGUGCUGCAGAGCUGCGAGCUGAAAGUGAGAAUCUCCACCAGCAGGUGGAGCAGCUAAGAACUGAGCAAUGCAAAGACGCCCCACCACUGCCUUCUGCCCCAGCAUCUGCCCCAGUUAAACCCAAGACUGUGGCAUCUGUGGCUGUGGGCACUGAGGCAACUGUCUGCAAGACUGCCUCCUCUCAGACAGAUGUACCGCUGGAAAAUGAAGGGGCUAAGAAGGUGCCACUUUCUAUCCCCGUCAAGCCUACAGGUUCCACCUAUGCUAGCAUGAACCUACCUAGGACUUCUAGUGUGGGGCGGGGGCUACACCACGGGAGCUCUCAGGCAGAAAAUGGAGGAGAGGGCCAAACGCAUUCGCAUGGCUCACAUUCACCUGGUGUGUCUGCUACCUUGCCGACUGGGGUCAGUCCACGCGUCCAGGCGGCCCGUUACAAAUUCCAACCCUCUGCCUCGGAGCAGGACCAAAAUGGAACCGCAAACCAGAGCCCCCCUUCCCGCGACCUGUCCCCCACAAAUCGAGACAACUUUGCAGCCAAACAGCAGGCACGCCACACAGUCACACAGGUUCUCUCCCGCUUUACAAGCCCUCCAGCAGGUGGGCCCCCUGCAGCCCUUCGCCCUGGUCUGCCACACUCCGCAUCUGAGGGGGGACCCUUCACCGGGCGUUUGGGCCACCCCCAGAUAGGCCUUAAAUCACCAACUGUGGCCCGCAUCGACAGGGGUAACCCACCUCCCAUCCCACCAAAAAAACCAGGACUGUCCCAGACACCUUCCCCUCCACACCCACCAAUCAAAGUAGUAGGUGAAGCCAGCAGGUCCCCAGGAACAGGACUGGGGGUGGGCCUUGCCAAAUCAACUGCCACCCCUCAGCUUCCACCAAAGCCCUCCAUAGAUUUGUGCGGUACAGUCCCAGCCUUGACAGCGUCACAGGUGGGUGCUUCCUGUACCGGCUGGCCGUGGGGGUCGCAGCCGACAGCAGCAUGUGUGGAGUGUCCCCCUGUCACCACCUCCUCCACAGCUACCAUUGUCAGUAGCCCCUCCAUAAACCCACCUAGUCUUCCGUCCCAUAGCCCCCAGCACCUGGGCAGCCCCCUGGCAGCAGCAUCAGGCUGGUGUCCCUCCAUAGUCUCCUCGCUAACCUGCGGUGACCCCGUCCCCCUGGAUGACGGGCAAACCCUUCUCCUCCAAGCUGCUUCCCAGGGAAAUGUCACUUUAUUGUCUAUGCUGCUUAACCAAGAUCCACUAUUGGAUAUUCAUCUCCAUCAACAUGAAUUAACCUCUGCCUUGAUUUCUGCUGCUCUUAAUGGAUACACAGACUGCUUAAAUCUGCUGCUGACUUCAGGGGCAUCUGCUGAUGCUGUUGAUGAAACAGGAUUUACGCCGUUACAUGCCGCUGCUGAAAAUGGUCACCAUGGGUGCGUGAGAGCUCUUGUGAAAUGUGGAGCUGAUUUGGAGAGGGAGUGUUCGCAGGGAAGGACCCCUCUGUACCUGGCCUGUGAACAGGGACAUGUGGAGUGUGUGAAAGUCUUGCUAGACGCAGGAGCAGACUGUUCACAUGUCACAACUGACAACUGCACAGCUCUGCACGCCGCAGUCAGUUCAGGUCAUGUGGGCCCUCUAAAGCUCCUGCUACACCACCCAUCUCCUGAACCAGACCUGGAUCUCCCUGCAUGUCCUUCAGACCCCAACCAGGAGCUCCAACACCCUGGCAUAACAAAGGCCAGUCAAAUUCUCAACCACAGUAACCAGGAUGGCUGGACUGCUGCCCAUAUUGCUGCAUCCAGGGGCUACAAGAAAUGCCUGGAGGUUUUGUGUAACCACAGUCAACAGGACAUGGAGAAGAGGGAUAAAUGCAAUCGCACCAUACAUGAUGUUGCCACAGAUGACUGCAAAGACCUACUAGAGAACCUGGACUGGUACAUAGUGGUUGUACAGGUGCUCAUGAGCUCACUGGAGCGUCUUUGCCCUGUGGAUCUCCUGGAGGAUGGCUGCGCUGUUGGCAAAGUUACAAUUCAGCGCCAUACUAGCUGGGAAGAACUAACAGGAAGCUUGAGUCACCUGCUGACCAAUCACCUCCAGCUAAUUUGUGGGAACUGGGAACUGGAGGAAGUUCUGGGCAGAGCAAACACUUUGGGCCUCUCUUCCAACAGCAUGGCCUCUGUAAUUAUAGGUGAUGCUGAAUGGUUGCCAGGGCAGGAGCUGCCUCAGUCUCCUUGGGACCUCGUUCGGAAGCGUCUGAGCCAACGUAUUACCAUACAUCUUAAAGGCCUGUCAGAGUGCACUCUGGAUGAGAUGACUUACGACUCCCUGAUCCCUCUACAGCUGCUGCAGAACUAUGUCCGUCUGGUGGAACAGUACCAUAACGUCAUCUUCCACGGGCUGGAGGGCAGCUUUCAGGAGUACAUCGCCAACCAGAUCUCUCAUUAUAUCAAGCACAGACAGGAGGCCCAGGGGAUUGGCUGUGAUGUCGUCAGGGUGGAGAUAGAUGAGAGUCUAUCAAAAGAGCACCUGCUGGAGAUCUUCAUCAACUGUGGGUUUCUGGUGUCUUUGCAUGAAGGCAGCACUGGGCGUUGUGUUGUGGUGGUUCUGGAGAGUCUGCAGAGAGCCCACUCUCUCAGCCACCUCCUGGGAGACCUGUGCGAAGCCCUGGAGAACCGAGGAUCUGUCUAUUCCCUCUCCCUCAACCAUGGUCACGAUGGGCUUUACUAUUUCCGUGAAAGGAGCAUUUUGAUUGGCACACUGGCCAAGCCUCGCCUACAGGGUGCUGAGCUACGAUUACAGCAGCACUUCCGCUGGGUUCAGCUGCGCUGGGACACCGAGCCCCUCAAUGGCAUGCUGGGACGUCAUCUACGCAGAAAACUCCUCCACAAGGCUCAGGGCCAGUGCUGGACAUCUGAUGAUCCUGUAUACAAAUUGCUUUCUUGGGUGUGCUCAGUGUGGCACCAGCUCAAUGCCUGCCUGACGCGUCUGGGGACCUCAGAAGCCUUGUUGGGACCGUAUAUCUUCCUCUCCUGCCCUGUGAAUGCAGAACAGACUCAGGCCAUUCCCAAGUGGUUGGUGAGGCUUUGGAAUGCAGUGAUAGUUCCACGGGUCGAGGAUGCUGUUAUAUCUAGAGUAACAGCCAAACGCUCUCCCUCCCAACGACAGUCUCCCAACAACAAAGGACUGAGUCCAGGUCAGAGAGCAGUAGUCAAAGCAGCUCUCAAUAUCCUGCUGAAUAAGGCUGUGCUGCAAGGCUGCCCACUGCCCAGAACAGAGAUUAACAGGUUCUUACCUGAGUUCCAGGGAGGAUGUUUCCCUCUUUCCACCAUUGGCUCCGCCUACAGGAAAGGUGGCAGAAAAGGAUGUGAUAAUGGGGCUUGGAGACGAGCCAAUACCAGUCCAAGGAAGAAAGGAAGCCCCGCCUCUGGGAGGAGCUCUAGCUGCUCUUUAAGAGAAGGUAACUUAUGUUCGUACUACCAGCAGAUGGCAGUGUUAUUCAAUGAUUAUGUACAUGUAUGUACUGUCUGUUCCUGUAGACUCAGUGAUGGAGUUGCUGUGGGUCUGUCUCUCUGCUCUGAUGAUGAGACGGAUCUCAUCAGAGAACUCCAGACCAUGUGCUCUAGCAAAUCUGAGCCAGACAUAAGCAAGAUUGCUCUUUUUAAAGAGGACUUCAUCAUGCUUCCAGACUCAAUUCCACCCAGUCCUCAGAGGAGUGAUGGCAAGGUCACGCAGCCCCAAACAAAUCCUGUUACAACAGAGAGUGCCGUGGAUAUGACCCAUCCUCCACCACAGAAGAUCGACGGUAGUCAUGCUUCUCCUCAGCGAGUGACGAGACCCAGAUCGCAUCUGCCCGUCCCCAGCAGCAGAGGGGCUCAGCAGGUGAACGCCACCAGCAGCAGUUCCCUUCAGAGUCACAGCAGCAACCCUAGCAGAGCAAGGCAGCCCCCAUCCCAUAACAACAGCAACAACUUCUCACAAGACAACAUCUGCUUCCUGGACCCCAACUGUAAUGAAAACUACAGUAACCAUGGAUAGACACCUCCCAUUGCCCUCAGUCUGUUAUCAACCUCUAUGUUGUGAAGUUUGGUUACUGGCAGCAUUUUAGUAUUUGUACAUGUUGUCCAUACUUGUUACACUAUAUUACAUUGUGUACUUUGGGACCAUAGAUUUAAUAUAUUCAACUGUUUAAGUAAAGAACUUUGAGGAAAAACAAGUACGAUGAACUAACAGGAGAAAGACUGCUUGCACACUUUACAAUUUGCCUUUUAGGUCAAAUGUUUUGGAUCAAAGUUAGAGCUGGUAGUCUUUUUGCUCUUUAGUAUUUGCAAUCAAUCAUGUUUUACGUUUAAAUAAAUGAAAGGUGAGUUUUAAAAACUGUCGAAAUCAGGGUUUUACCAAAUAUGUGUAAAUAAGAACUGGGAACUUAAAUGUUGUAUAGAUUAGUGUGUGUGUGUGUGUGUGUGUGUGUGUGUGUGUGUGCGUGCGUGCGUGC